UAGCAUUAAUAUGUUAAAUAUAUAUAUAUAUUUAGCAUAUAGAUGGGACAAUGGAACAUCAAUCACAAUGGAUAGCGCAACAGCGCAACCAAAGGGCAAGCGGCGUCGUAUAGAAUCCAGUAAAUCCAGUGAGUCAGAAUCGAAUGUCUCAAAGAAGGAAAAAGCGGCAGUCAUCCCUACUGCAUCUGGGUCAAAAGAUGGUAUAAAGACCUGUAAUAGAAACUCACAAAUGAUGUGGGAUACCACUAAAAAGGGAAUAUUCUUUGAUGCUGUCAAUGAGUUCGGAAAAGAUUUCGACAAGAUACACAACUACUUCAAUACUAAGAUAAAGAAAGUGUAUGGUAAUGUGGACACUUAUCAUGCUAUCAAAAAGGAGCAGGUCAAGGAUUUUUAUCAGAACACCUUGAAAAAGACGUAUCAAAUCGUUGAUGCCAAAAAACUGCACAAUCUUAUUGUUGGAGAAGGUAGUGUUGAUGAGGCAAACAUUAGAGAGUACAGAGAAGUAAUCAUUCUACUAUCGUACUGGCAGGUAAUGAAACAUUCUAAAAGAAUGAAGUGGCCGACAGAUAAACUUCACAGCAAAGUGAAUGAGCUCAUCUUCCAAGGAUCAACCUGUCUCCGAAUGAAGUCUCGCAACUUCUACGUCCAGAGAGUCACGCCCAAAUAUUUCGUUGGAAGAAGAGUUGGUCGGGUUCCAGCUGAAUUCACUGUUGAUAUUCUGCCCUUUAAUAGUUGGAGUUGGGGCGUAGUGCAAAACAUUGCUCAAAACCCAAGGAUCAGGUUAAAGGUUUCAUCAAAGAAAAGCGUCUCGGAGAUCCUAAAGAUACUGAUCAGUAAAUGGGAGAAAGCAAAACAAUGUUCCACAUUAGAGACACUCAACCUGUGUCUCCGAGCUCCCACCUCCUCUAAAUACCGACCCGAACAUACCAAAACAACUGCUGAUUCUUCUGCAGGAAGGUUAAGAAAACAGAGUGUGUCUCUGAAUUCUGAAGAUACCAGUAAAAACAAAACCUCCACCAAAACCCCAAUACCACGUACCAAACCAACUGCUCCAGAAUCAGCUGACGAACACAACGUUAUCCUUAACAAUCUUGCUAAUGAGGUGGACAUAACGUGUAACGUGGAGGCUCCAGCUGCCGCAAACACAGUGACAGUACACAGCGAGGACUUGGGUGAUGUUGUCACGGAUCCUACUCUAAUCGAUCAGGGUAAGGAUCAGAAUACAUCGGUCACAGAAGAAGAGCUGAACGAUAUUAUUGAUUCAGUGGAACCACCACUUUCAGAUCAGUCUCAAGAGACGCCCACUAUCAAGAGCAAGUGUCCGACGGAAGUCAGAAAACCUGGAAAAACCUUCUUCCAUGACAAGCACAAAGAUACCGACGAGCUGGCUGCGGAAAAAGACAGACUUGCUGCCCUUGAGUGCUGGGACUCUACAACCCCGAGUUCGUUAACCAUCGGCCACGUCUAUAUGAAGUUUGCUCCUGUGACAAACAGCAAAGAAUUCCACAUAGAGUACGAGUGGAGGAUUGACUCUGGAGAGACGUCCAUAAACUCAGCUCACAAUACCUUGUCCCUGAAGAGGUUAUUCAACUUAGGAAGCACUGAGUUUCAGCGCCUGUCUAAACAGGGAAAGUUCAAAGACCUGUUCAUUACCCUGAACAUGGACAAGUGGACUAGCAUCCUGCCUAACAGCAAAUCUGUGGAAACGCAGACUGACAUGUUGGAAUCAGCCCUCCCCAAGCCACAGGUGGUAUCAGUUGCAGUCCAGGUGGGCAAGGACCGGCUCAUCCUCCCGCAGCCCACUAAGCUGGGCGGGUUUAUUGUGCCCGCUCCUGUGCUACCUCCUCCGAACAUGGCACCUAAAACCCCUCCCAGCUCCUCUUUCAACUUACCCAACCGGCCUAAAACUAAACGAAAACAAACUAUACAACGAGUUUUGCUGCCCAAGCCUGCCCUGAACGUUACUUCAACACAACUUGUCGUUCCACGAGACAUAGGCUGUGCCGCGCAAGUGAAAGCGGCGCCAUUCUGUGACGCCAAUAUCUCUACCACUACGACUUCUAGCUACGACUCCGGGAACUUGACAGUUUCAAUUGGUGGUGCAGGCGGCUUGGUGGCGCCAGUAGGCGAGGGAGGAGGAGUUGAUUUGAGCUCAUUGGUACCUGACAUUGGUCACGACAAACAGCUGUACAAACAUCACCUGUAUUGUGAUCGACAGUUUGGAGACAUCAUGAAUUACUCUCAGUGCAACGGAUACGAUUCAACAGAAAUGACUCCGUGGAACUCAAGUGGAACGGGAGAAGCGAUGUCAACACUCAACAGCUUGGUGGCGGAACACAGCAAUCACUCGCUCACUGGAGACUCGCGUGGCGUGCCUAACCCUCGUGACCCUAUGACGUCACGAGAUAUGAUGACGUCACGUGAUCAUACCAUGACGUCACACGAUGGAGCAAGAGCGGUUCCGAGUAGUAUUUUGGACGAUUUGGGUUAUCACACCUGACAAAAAACUUCCAGACUGUCAGCCGUCCUGUUCCGAAAUUGACAAAUGACUUCAUUUGCCAUUGAGUACUGAUAAAAGAAACCAUAAAACCGAUCAAUGUUAAAGAUCAAAUUAUUGAUAAUAAUAGUAAUACCGAUAAUCGAAACUAUUUACCAUACAAACAAGAUUUUAACAGGAUACAGUACAGUUAAAAUAGACUUUACGUAAUUGAAGCUUGUUUGCUCCGCAAUAUUCCACCUGAGGUAUGCUUUCCAGUCAAGGAGCCGCCCCCGCUACUGUGAUCUAAAUCGUGUUAUAAUAUUCGCACGGAUGUUUAUUCUAGCAGCAAUAUCCCUUUAAGGUCUCUUUUCAACUCAUUCACUCGGCCUUAUGCCGUGUGCGAGCUGUACCAAACUAGAAGUCCUGUAAUGAGCAUUUUGUCACUUGAAACGCUCAGCCAUAGCGCUUAACGAAACCCUACUAUUCGAUAUGUGAGUAGCUAGACUACCUUCGGUUGUCUCUACUUAGUUUACUGUUGUUUCGACCUUUUAGUGGUUUCAUUCUUUAGUGUUAGACCACAUCAUUUAUGGUAAACUUUGUUCUAAACUAUCUUUAGAUUUUUUACCUCGAGUUAAAGUUUCGUUGUAUAAUUUUAUUACUAGGUAUUAGAAUUUCUAUUUUCGGUUAGUACAUUAUGUGGUCUUUAACUAUUCUUUAUUGUUGAUACGACUACGUUUUAAAACUGUCGGCAUUAUCUAUAAUUAAGUUUUAUCAAAGCCUCG